GUAAGCUGGACUCCGAAGCUUAAUAGCAAAGAACUGAUCCAAGGAUCGCUACCUAAUGUGAAAGUUCCAACAUCUGUAAAAGAUGAAUGCUGUUGUCUGCUUACAUUCAGUGAUGAACGCGUGUCUUUGACAAGUUCAUUUGUGGUCAGACCACUUGCUGAUGAGCCAAAACAUAUCAAAUGCGAAAUUAAAGGACCAAAUAUAAUAAAAAUGGGUGAAAAGCUGCAAGAUGAAAUUGAGAUAAUGAUUACUGAUCAGCAUGGAAAUCAGAUUCAAUCCCUGUCAUCAUCUUGUAUGAAUGCCUUGAAGAUUUCUGGAAAUGGUCUGGAUAAAUCAGAAUUGAAAACUUUUUGGCAG